AUGGCGAGCGCGCAAAAUCCUAACACUUGGAAAACCGAAUCACCAGUUCCCGAGCAAAACGCCAUGGAGCGUUCACACUCAUCGUCUGCGGACCUUGAGGUUCGAAACGAUGAACCGCUCAAAAGUGAUAACACAGAGCCGGUCACAGGCAUCAAGUUCAUUUUCCUGCUCAUCAGCCUGACCUGUGCUUCGCUUUUGGUUUUCUUGGAUACCUCUGUCGUCUCGACGGCAAUUCCAAAAAUCACCGACGAGUUCCAUUCUCUCCCAGAUGUUGGCUGGUAUGGAAGCGCUUACCAGCUUGGAAGUGCGGUUUUUGGACCUUUGUCAGGAAGGAUCCUGCAUUACUUUAGUUUGAAGUGGUGCUACAUAAUCUUCUUCGCCAUCUUCGAGUUGGGAUCUGCUCUCUGUGGCGCGGCGCAGUCCUCCAGCAUGCUGAUCGUCGGCCGCGCCAUUGCUGGUGUUGGAGCGGCUGGUAUCAGCAGCGGCGCGUACACUAUGUUGUCCGCUUCAGUUCCUCUCGAGAAGCGACCCGGUAAUCUUCAUAUCGAGUUGAAUUGA